AUGGACAGAGAGCAUGAAGAGAUGCAGUUUCUGGGCCUCUUUGGCAUCUUCAAUGAGUCCUUCAAGCUAAUUCACUCAUGGAGGAAAAUCUUUACCCAGAUCUCCCUCAUUUUAAUCAUCCCUCUCGCCUUCGUCUUCCUCCUCCACAUGGACGUGUCGGACGUCCUCUUCUCAAAGAUCAUCACCAACGAGCGGGCCCUGGAUCGGAGCAUCGGGACACCGUCAUACGGGAAGCUGUCCGACGUCCUCUCUAAGGAGUGGACCGUGUUCCUCCUCUUCAAGGCGGCCUACUUCACCUUCCUCCUAGUCCUCUCCCUCCUCUCCACAUCCGCCGUGGUCUACACCAUCGCUUGCGUCUACACCGCUCGGGAGGUCACCUUCCGGAAGGUCCUCAGUGUCGUCCCCCGGGUCUGGAGGCGGCUCAUGGUCACGUUCCUGUGCAUAUUCGUGGCCAUGUUUCUCUACAACACCUUUGCCAUUGCACUGCUCGUUGCGUUCAUACUGAUGUUGGGAGACACCGCCAUCGGAGCAGUAGUCAUGGUCAUCCUGGCAAUCCUCUACCUGGUAGGGCUCGUGUACAUGAGCAUCGUAUGGCAGUUAGCCAGUGUUGUGUCAGUGCUUGAGGAGGAUUACGGCAUUAGAGCCAUGGCCAAAAGCAAAAAUCUGAUCAAGGGGAAGACAGGUAUAUCGGUGGUCGCCUUCGUUGUGUUGAAUUUCCUCGAAUGGGUAGUACUGGUACUAUUCAAGAAGUUUGUCGUCCAUGGAGGCAUGCUUAGGAUCCCAGCAAAGCUCGGGUUGGGGAUCCUGUCCCUCGCGGUGCUAUCGGGUCUCUUCCUAUUUGGUCUCACUAUGCAAACUGUGAUUUACUUCGUCUGCAAGUCCUACCACCAUGAGAACAUUGACAAGUCUGCCUUAUCGGAUCAUCUCGAAGUUUAUCUUGGAGAGUACGUUCCUCUCACGGCCAAGGACGUCCAGCUCGAACAGUACCAUGUUUAA